AAACGCAAAAUGAACCCUACCUUUCUCCUUUGAGAGGCAAGACACCGCUUCAAGGAUAGAAACAAAACAAAUCCUUUCAAAUGCACAGAUGAUCGUGCCUUGCGUACAUGCUCGGCUGUGAAUGAAUCAAAGUGCCUGGACAGAUCUUGCGCCUGGAAUUUGAACAAUAACAGCGGGUGCUUGUCAACAAGACUGAACACGUUGUACCGGCUAGCUGCACAGGGAUAUGUCAGUCACAUCCACAGCCAGUUAAGGCUGUCCGACUGUCAAAAGAAUAAGAUUUUUUGCUGUAGCAAGAAAUGCCUCCAGUGUCAGAGUGUUAUCAGGAUAUCAUGGACUCACUGGGUUACAACUUUCAGCUAAAGCUGGAUCUUCACAAUUUUGAAGACCCUCGAUAUGAAGACAGCAAAUAUGUGCUGACUAGCCCAAGGUCUCUCGAAGCGUGCUCUAGAAUGCAGAUAAAGCCAGUGGACCUGUUGUACAAACCCUUGGCCGACUUUCAGGAGGAGUUGUUGCCGCAAGACGUUCCCCUAAGGACGAUAUUCAAUAUCUACGAUGACCACGAACAGGACAGACAGCGAAAGUUACGGCGCUGUAGAGAGGAACGAAGAAGCAUCGUUGAGGGAGACGGUGAUCAAGAUUAUCCCUCAGUGACAAUGUCCAGAUACAGCAGGCAUGAUGGCGCAGAGUCUACUGGGGAAGAGGGACGAGCACAAAUGGAGAGAACCAAGUGGGUGUCAUCCAUCGGGCAUCAGCGUGUGAGUCGUCAGGAGCUAAAUCAGAGGGCCAAACAGAUGUAUGAUGAUAGCAGAAGAGUGAGCCCAGUGGCCUCCAAAUUGAGUCAAAGACGCAAGAAACGUUUGAAAAGGGGGAAUACCCCAUCCUUGAAGAAAGAACAGAUGUUGAACAUCAGCAGAAACUCUAAUCAAGCAAAGCUGAGUACAUCAUACGGUAGUCACCAUUUGUCUGAGAGUCAGCCAAUUACAAACCCUAAACUACGACACGCUCUUAAAGGGUCAGACAUGGUGCAUGCAGAGAUCCCCAAAAAAGAUGAGAAGAUUCUGGAGUUGAUGAUGUCUAAGGGAGAAGAGGAGAUCAAGUUCCACGAAGACCGACAGGCAGCGAGGUUAUCCUGGGACGAGGAGCGCCGGCGGCAGCUGGCCUUUCAGAAUCAGGCAGAGACCAAGCGGAGGCAGCACCUGGCCAGGGACAGACAAGAGUGGGAAAAUCGGAGGGAGGAGCUUUUGGCUGAGAGGUCAAGACUGGACGAAACCACUCGUGAGACAAGAGAGAAAAGUAUAGACAGUAAAUUACGCCAUAGCCAGACCUUGAAAGACCAGUGUGAAAUAUCAAAGCUCAUUCAAAUUGAAGAAAAGAAGAAGAAAGACAGUGAUAGGAAGAAAAUUCAGGAGCAGAAUCGGAAUGCACUAGAGGCUGAAGAGCAGGAGAUGAGAAAACUGGUGAAGGAGAGGCAGAGACAGGUUCUGGGAGAGGCUGAAAACAGGCGUGAGAGCAGGCUGAUAGAGGAUGUGGAGAGACUUAAGCUGGAAAACAACCAUAGACAGAAAGAACAUGACCUCAGGAAGAAAUAUAUGCAGAGUGCUAGCAGCCUGGAGACAGAACAUCUGAGAUCUUCCAUUGACAGCAAACACAGCAAGGCCAUCUCUAAGUAUGAGGAGCUCCAGAAUCAGCGAAAUAUCCAACUGAGGCAUAGCCAGCAUGAUAGAGAGAAGAAACAAAGGCUAGUGAAAUUGAACCAGAAGCAGCGAGAUGGCGAGAUGGAGCAGUGGAGGCAGAGCCUGUGUCAAUACAGACAGUCUCUGGAAGGUCGAGUGUCUGAUGCUGUGAACAGAACAAAUCAGCUGAAGGUGGAAAAAGCUGCAAGGGAUAGACGGGAAAAAGAGCAGAUGCAGAAAGCGAAUAUUAAAAAAGUAGCUGAGGAAGUGGACUUAUGGAGACAGAGCACACAGACACUGCUGGAGGUGAAACACAGGAAGGUGGAGGACCUACAGACAGAGAGGCAGGCCACUGUAAACCAGACUCGUGCCAUGGCCCACGCUUCAGAAUGCCUAAGAGACGAACUCCGGAGGAAAUAUGCAGCUGACAGUUUUGACAAGAAAGUCCAGAAAGUGGAGAUGUUUAACCAGCUAGGUUUGGGAUUGUUGGGAAAAACAGAUCAUGGGAAACACAAACCCCAAGUUACAUUGGCUGAAAGCAAGUGACGUUAAGUUAUAUUUAUAUUUACAUUUGACAUUUGUAUAUACUUUUAUAAGUAUAUACAGUUGCUUUUUUAGUUUGUAAAUGGGUCAUUGAUUAACCCCAAGACAAAAUUUCCUGAAAGCAACUGAUGUUCGGGUAUUUUUAUAUGUUUAUAUACGUAAAUACAAUUGUAUUUUUAGUAUGUAAAUUGAUCACUGAUUUGUACCUGUAUGGUGUUGUUGUUUAUAUGACCGUGUCGGAUAACAACACUUAACGUUUUACCGUUUUUAUUUGUAUACAAUUGUUAUGAACUAGUUUAUUAAUGAAUAAUGUAUAUAUACAUAUACUGUUAUUAGUUUACACUUUUUUGUAUGAGGUGAUACUUGGUAUUUUGAUAGAUAAUUAUUGAUCACAACAGAUGAUAUCAUUCUGUCCAAUAUCGGCCCACAUCAGUUUAGCCUGUGUUUGUUGUACUUUUGUACUCCACACAUUUUACGAUACUUUAACUCUAUUCUUCUUUGAUGUGGACAGUUUUAUGUCAAUGUAAUAAAUAUAUAAGUUACAACAUUGUGAAAAGAAGUUGAGUAAAGCCG